AGUAUUAAACGUCAAACGCAUUUAAAACUUGAGAUAGAGAGAAAAAGUUCAAUUGAAAUUUGUUGAGAAAGUUGAAAAGGCUUUCCAAUGGCUGAACAAUCAAGUGCUGAGCAGUUAAAAGUGUUAAACUCUAAGAAACUCGAAUUAACGCUAGAUGAAUAUUAUGAGCAGCAUGUGCGCGCUGAUGCAGCCGCUCCGAACACCAAUCGAGGCAUGCAAAACUCCUGCUAUAUGUUCAAUACAAAUAUUAUGGAACUAACACUUGAUGAGUAUUAUGAGCAGUUUGUAUUGCCGAAGGUCAAGAUUCAGGUUAAUAAAGCAGAAGCAGAGCAAAGAAGCAUUCAAUACCAACGCACCCACUACUUUGGGCCACGCUACUUGGAACAGCGCCAGCCCAAGCCGUAAGCAGCGAGGGCGGUACUAGAAAAUGCUGA